CUGAGCGUCGAGAACCUGCGGCAACGAUGGCCGCCGUCCACUGGCGCCUCCCGCGCCUGUGAGACCCCUCUGAGCCUCCCGUCCCCCGCGGUUCCUCCCGGGCCCCCUACGUUUAGAGACGCGUCAAGGCAACGAUGGCCCUCGUCGUCGCACCGCCGCCGACGCUCACCGCCGUCGCCUGGCAGCAGUCCGACGACCGCGAGGCCACCUACGACAAGCUCGUCGCCAUCCUCAGCGAGGCGCCGUCGGAGACCUGCAGCCUUCUCAGCUACGAGCAGGACUCGGAGCCGGAGGAGCGCCUCGCCGCCGAGGCCGCCGAGGCGCGCGCCCUCGAGGCCUACGCGCCCUGCCUCGUCGGCGCCGCGCUGCGGGAUCUGCGGGACGCCGGCGCCGCGCACGCGGCCCGGCGCCGCGGCGCCGCGCGCGCGCUCGCGGCGGCGUGCCGCGUCGCCGGCGCGCGGCCCGGGCUCGCGGCCGCGCUGCGGCGCGCGGGCCUCGGGCGGAGCGCGGCGUCGCGCGCGGCGCUCAACUGCGCCGGCGCGGCCCUGCGCUACGGCGACGGCGCGGCGCUCGCGGCCGCGCUCGAGAUCCGCGCGCGCUGCGGCCCCGGCCGCGAGCCCCCCGACUACGCCGGGCGCUGGUGCGGCGUCGCGCUGGCGGCGCUGCGCCUCGGCGGCGACCGGUCGCUCGAGACCAUGGCCCUGCGGGCCCUGGCGGCCGUGGGCCGCGGCUGCGCGACGGACGGCGCGGCCGCGGCCGCGUGCCGGGCGUCGGGCGCGUGCGGCGGCGACCCGGCGGCGCCGACGCCCGCGCCGGGCGCGUCCCAGACGCAGCCCGACGACGACUCGCACUGGGACGUCGCGCUGCUGAACCGCCUGGGCGCGCCCUGCGCGGAGGCGCGCGCGCUCGCCGUGGAGGCGCUCCGCGCGUUCGCGCCGGUCGUCGCCCGCGCGCGGCCGCUCGCGGCGGCCGUCGCCGCGCGGACGCUGCCGGCCGCGCUCCUCCCCGCGUGGCGGGCCUGGCUCGCCGAGGCCCACGCGCCCGCGCCCGGCGACUCCGGCGGCGCGGUCGCGCGGCGGUCCGCGGUCGCGGCCGCGGCGGUCUGCGACGCGGCGGCCGCGGCGCUAAACGCGUGCGACCCGCUGCCCGUGUUCCGCGACCGCGUCGACGUCGCCACGGGCCUCGUGAAGAUCCUCUCCAAGUGCAAGACGGCCGUGCAGCGCUACGCCGCCCACGACGACACGGCGCCCGGCGACGACGCGGCCGCCGCGUGCCUCGGUUCGUUCUUCGGCGCCUGGGCCGCCGUCUACGCCUGCAUGCGCGCGAGCGACGCGCCGCGCCGCGCCAAGUUCCUCAAGUCCCAGGGGGCCAUGAUCGCCAAGCCCUACAAGGCGUGCUUCGCCGGCGUGCCGGGCGUGCGCGAGGCCGUGCUCGUGCUCGUCGGAGACGCGGCCGCCGCGGGCCGCCUCGGCGCCGUGCUCGGGAGCUUCGGCGGCGCGGGCGUCGUCGAGGCCUGCGCGCGCGGCGCGCCGCCGGGCGCCCUCGACGGCGCCCUCGACGCCUUCGCGGCCGCGCCGGAGCUCGACGUCGCGUCGGCGCUCGCGGUCGUCGGCGCGCGCGCGGCCGCGGCGCCGCUCGGCGCGGCCGCGGCCGCCGCGUUCCAGCGCGUCCUCGACCGCGACGUCGACGGCGCGGCCCUCGACGCCGCGCGGGCGCUGGCCCUGGCGCCGCGCGCCGAGGACGACGACGGCCUCUUCGACGCGUUCGUCCGCGCGAGGUACGGCGCGCCCGAGGACCUCCGGGCGCUCGCGACCGAGGCGCGCGCCGCGAAGCUCGGCGCGUGCCUCGAGGCCGAGCUCUUGGAGCCCGCGCUCGCCGGCGCCCGGGGCCUCGAGCCGGACCUGCUCCUCGCGUUCUGGACCGCGGCGACGCGCGGCCGGCGCGCCGACGCGCCGUCCGCGGCGCUCCUCGCCUGGCCCGCGCUCCACGCGCUCGCCAUCAAGGACGGCGCCUGGCUCGACGCGUCCAUGUCGCGCCAGCGGCUCGACGAGCUCGCGCGGCUCGCGGCGGACGCGGCGAGCGCGCCCGAGCUGCUCCUCGACGAGCUCGACGCGCGCCACGCCGCCGCCGGGGACGCGGACCUCAAGCAGCGCCCGCGGCUCGCGGCCGUCGCCGCGGGCCUCGCGACGCCCCUCGCGGACGCCGCGGGCGCCGACGGGCUGCCCGCGGCGGCCCGCGUCUGCGCGCGCGCGUUCCUCGACGGCGCGGACGUCGACGCGCUCGCGCGCGCGCUCGCGGACCUCGCGGGCCCCGACGGCGCCACGCUGGACGCGGGCGCGCUCGCGGCCGUCGCGCCCCUGCUCGCGGCAGCCUUCGGCGACGACGCGCUCGCGCCCGUCGCCGACGCGGCCCUGCGCGUCGUCCGCGGCGACCUGCGGCUGCCGGCGGCGCUCACGGUCGCGCUCGGCGCGUUCCGCCGCCGCGGGCUUGGCGCGUCGCCGCGCGCGGCGCCGUCGCCGCGCGCGCCGGAGGCCCCCCGCGCGCCGGAGCCCCCCCGCGCGCCGUCGCCGGCGGCGAAGCGGCCGUCGCCGGAGCGGCCGCCGCCGGAGUCGCCGAAGCGCCGCAAGUUCGUCGCGCCCGACAAGGACAGGCCGCACGCCUUCGGCGACUGCGUCGUCCAGUCGCGGUCCGCCGCGGGCCCGACGACGACGAAGAAGAAGCACGACGACGAGGGCCGGCUCCGCGCGGCGCGCGCGCUCCUCGAGUCGCAGCACUCCGAGUCGCAGAGCCAGGACUCGGAGCCGCAGAAGCGCGCGAGCGUGCUCUGCUACACGAGCCUCGCGAGCUCCCAGGGCCCCGACCUGCCCGGCGCCUGGGCCGCCAAGUUCGACGCGUCCCAGCGGCCGUCGCCCGAGGACGCGUAAAAAGAAUAUACAGGG